AUGGACGAAGAAGCGUCGCAUCACGAGAUUAACUCGAAUAGAAGCCAAGAAAAUCAACAUCACGAAAGCCAGCUUUCAAAGAGCUCAUUCGAAACGCUCAAUCUCUCCCAGUUAGUUCGAGACAGUACUGAGCAUUACAUCCCGCCUGGUCUUUCGCAUCCGCCAAGAGAUGAUACUUUCGACGAUCUGAAGCGAAAUGAGUCCAAGUUGGCGGAGCGGACAGAGGAAGGACGCACUUCAGAACACGAGUAA